AUGGCCUUCAUGGAGAAGCCGCCGGCCGGUAAGGUGCUGCUGGACGACACGGUGCCGCUGACAGCGCAGAUCGAAGCCAGCCAGAGCCUGCACUCCCAUACGGAAUACAUAAUCCGUGUUCAGAGAGGAGUUUCAGCAGAAAACAGUUGGCAGAUUGUGAGGCGAUACAGUGACUUUGACUUGCUUAAUAAUAGCUUGCAGAUUUCAACUCUAAGUCUACCUCUUCCUCCAAAAAAAUUGAUUGGAAAUAUGGAGCGUGAAUUCAUAGCUGAAAGACAGAAGGGACUGCAGGCCUAUCUUGAUGUAAUUACUACCCAUCACAUACUGUCUAAUUGUGAACUGGUAAAAAAAUUCUUGGAUCCAAACAGCUAUUCUGUAAACUACACUGAAAUUGCCUUACAGCAUGUUUCAAUGUUCUUCCGAUCAGAGCCAAAGUGGGAAGUGGUAGAACCGUUAAAAGAUAUAGGUUGGCGAAUACGUAAGAAGUAUUUCUUAAUGAAGAUUAAGAAUCAACCAAAGGAGCGGCUAGUGUUAAGCUGGGCUGAUCUUGGCCCUGAUAAAUACUUGUCUGACAAAGACUUACAGUAUGCUGUGAAACUUCUUUCUUCCUGUUCUCAUCCGUAUAUAUACAAAAUCACUUUUGCCACUGCCAAUGAAUCUUCAGCGCUGUUUAUUAGACCAUUCAGUGAAAAAGGGACACUAAAGGACCUUAUUUAUAAGGCAAAGCCAAAAGACCCAUUCCUGAAGAAGUAUUGCAAUCCUAAAAAAAUUCAAGGCCUUGAACUUCAGCAAAUAAAAACAUAUGGAAGACAAAUAUUAGAGGUAUUAAAAUUCUUACAUGAGAAAGGAUUUCCUUAUGGCCAUCUUCACUCUGCCAAUGUGAUGUUGGAUGGGGACACCUGCAAGUUAAUGGAUUUAGAAAAUUCCUUGUUGGGACUUCCAUCAUUUUAUCGAUCAUACUUUUCACAGUUUCGGAAAAUUAAUACAUUAGAAGGUGUUGAUGUACAUUGCUUUGGACACUUACUGUAUGAAAUGACAUAUGGAAGACCCCCAGAUGCGAUUCCAGUAGACAGCUUCCCUCCUGCACCAUCGGUGUUUAUUGUGUCUGUGUUGGAGUCCAUUCUGACCUGUGAAGCUAUGAAGAAUGGCAUGCCAACUGUUUCACGGCUCUUACAGAUGCCAUUAUUCAGUGAUGUUCUGCUAACAAACUCCGAGAAACCACAGUUUAAGAUUCCUACUAAGCUAAAAGAGGCAUUGAGAACCUCCAAGGAAUGCAUAGAAAAGCGAUUAACGGAAGAACAGAAAUUGAUUCACCAACACAGAAGACUCACAAGAGCUCAGUCUCAUCAUGGCUCUGAAGAAGAAAAAAAGAAAAGGAAGAUUUUAGCACGAAAAAAGUCGAAACGCUCUGCCUAUGAAAGUGGAGAAGAACACUCAGCAAAAUACAGCAACUCCAAUAACUCAGCAGGCUCUGGGGCGAGUUCCCCAUUAACAUCUCCAUCAUCCCCCACUCCGCCCUCUACAGCAGGAGCAUCAUCGAUACCCCCAGCACCGCCACCACCACCACCGCCCCUGCCACCAGCAGCUCCUCCUCCAAGUACAGAGGUGCCAAUGCAGCCAAGCCCUCAGCCUGAUGUCAGUGCAAGCCGAGGAGCCUUACUCAGCUCCAUUCAAAACUUUCAGAAAGGAACUCUGAAGAAAACACAGACAUGUGACUACAGUGCUCCCAGGAUCAGCUGAGGCCAC